AUGUCAAUAUUUCCAGAAGCAAACUACUUUGAUAAUGUUUAUCCAUCUGUUAUUGCUGCUUUUGGAGGGUGCACUUUCGGAUUUAGUCGAGGCUGCAGUAUGAUUGAUAUACAUGAAACUGAGUUUGUCCAAAAAGACAUCACCAUGUUGACAAUGAAAGACAACAAAGUCGAUUACAAAAUUGUUGUCGCGAAAGGAAGACCAAUUCCAGUCGAAGAUGUGUUCAUUGAGCUCACUGUUAUGACUGAUAUUGUUGAUGUUGUGUUGUACGAAGAACGUACACCUCUCGGUGUUUAUCGAGUGCAGAGCAAAAUGACAGUUGGGCAAAAAAUCAAAAUCAAUAUAUCCAUAAACUAUCUUGAAGAAAUCAAACUUGUUUUAGUGAACACUGAAGGAGGCGAGGAACUUGUGAAAAUAAACAAAGAGAUUCAGAAAAAACCUAAAGAGAAAAUAAAAGAAAUUGUUAAGAUAAGAAAAAUGUUCAACAAGUUUUUUUAA